CUUCGAGUCUAACCAUAGCGCCGUUUUCAAUUGUUUGCCGUACUUCAGGAUGUCGGCAGUAGCAGCACAAAGUGAGGGAGUAACAAAGCUUCAGCAAGCUCGCACUGCUGCUCUAGCAAAGAUUGAAGAAGCCCGAAACAGAAGAGCAAAACGUCUGAAGGAUGCCAAAGGCGAAGCCAACGUUGAAGUAGAGGCAUUUAAAGCACAACAAGAAGCUCACUAUAAUUCUCUCGAGUUCCAGAUGAACUCACAACUUGGACCAUAUGAAGAGGUUUGUCGUCAAAUGACGACCGAACAGCUGAACGCAAUCCAACGUUCUUUCCUCUCCAAUAAGGAUGCAGCCUUGCAAUUACUGCUUUCCACAGUUUUGGACGUGAAACCAGUUGUUCAUGUGAAUUUUGGCUACAACAAAUCAGCCUCAUCUUAGUUUUUUUCUCUCUUGAAAUUAAAAGGGUCAUGUGGACCAUAUGAACAAGCAUAAUAUUAUCAAGAUUGUGAUUUUAGUCUCAAUUGUUUGGAUUACUCUAAUUCACUAAUAAUAAAUGAUUUUGUUUUAUCUCUAUACAAGCCCUCAUUACUUGCCUAAACAGUUGUUUAGGAAGGCUUAAACCUUCCAACUGGGUCGUUGGGUUGGUGUUGACCAGUUAGAGGGUUUUACGUUGAACUUUUACUUCAUUUGUGGCAUAAGUGCUUAGGUGAAAGGCAUGUCACUACUGUUUGCUGGAAUUUAACCGUAUUUUUUUGCUUGGAACGCACUGUAUAGACAAAGCCCUACCGGGAGGGACGAGCCCUACAAGUCGAUAAUACGCAUCUGUUGUAUCAUAUUUUAUGCUGUUCAUUGUCGACUGCUCUUCUAAACUUUAGAAAUACAGUUUUACAGGUUGUCUUUAAUCAGUACAAAGUCACUUACGAUGGAUUAUUCUCUGCAUAUUGUCACCAUGAAAUACUGUCUUGCGCAUAAAGCGAAUAACCCAGUUUUUUUUUUAAUUAAGGUGUGAAGUACUGUAUGAGUGAGUAUUUUAGAACGUUAGUCUUUUGCUAAGUGCUUCACGAAGCAAAUAUGAUUGAGACUGCCUGCUAAAUCAAAGCUGUUGCUUGCCCUAGAGAGUAAAGAAAUACUGUUUUACUUAUAUUGUUAUUAUUCACUGUUAUGUCACCUAAAUAAACCAGACAAAAUCACUCAAUGUUCUCUCCAAAGAUCAGUGGGUUAACUCGGCGUUAAUUGAGGAUUCCAACAGUAAGUUGAUCACACCUAUGCUAGAAAUGUAUGUGUGCCGGUAUCCAAGUUGAAUACUCAACUGUUAGUAAUAUGGGAGAACAACAGACUUUUAUUGAAUAUGACAAACCACAAGCAGUGAAUACUUCUGCUCCAUUCAGAACGAUUUUGAACAAUACCCAUUGUCUUCAGCCUGCACUGGUUUUUACUGUCCUUAGGACGCAAAACCAGUCAGGAAGUCUACAGCUUCCUAAGUGGCUGGCUUAAACUAACUGUUGUACAUUUCAUUGAUUGAUGACGCUGUGUUUUGGUUUGACCACCACUGGCUCUUUUCCAGCCUAAACCUAUGUUAGCCAGCAUUGCCCGUCGGGGAAGGCGAUGGUUGGACAUGCAUGACACAUGUCCUAACUAUCUCAAUCGGUGUACCUUCACAUUCUGAUUGAUCGAUUUCCCCUCGUUACCUAGCACUUGACCGAUGUCUAACCUCAAUAUUGCUCAUCCUACUAUACGACUUAACACACACGAGAGAUAGAACGCAGACACAUAUGAUCAAAGACAGCUAGCUAGGACUUUCAUAUCUCCCACUUUCAGUGGCCAUCAUUCACGACCAGCCGUAAAGGGUGACUGGGCGAACUGCUGCUCAGUGCACACUUCCCUUAAUCUGUAGGCACAUAUGAUGUCUACUAAGCCAGAGAUGGCAUGAGUUGGCCAAUGCCAAACUAGCCUGAGUAAAUAGAGUACACCCGUAUAUCAUUUUUGUUUUCUAUCGUCAUAUUAAUUACUGUAUUUUUGAAUUUGUUGAUACUGCGGCACUUUUUUUCUUCUUCAAAGGAGGGAAAUCAAACACUAGUAGGUUAUUGUAUCCUAGAAACUGUCAGCAGUUCUAGUUUAUUUUUUGUUUUUUUUUUCGGUCGAAUUCACGAAUGUCAUCUUGUAGGACAAUAUUUCAAACCCCUCAGUUACAUGACUGUUCACUAGUAUUAUGAAAUUUACGCGUUGUUGUAUGUUGAUAUUAAUUCCAUGACUAUUAACUAGCGUUACCCUUGAUUUUGGAAUUUUCACAUAUGGUCAAUGGUUCAUUAAUUAGUGAAUGAAUGAAUGAGUUUACCGAUGUUCACUGGAAAAAGUAUUAAGUUCUUUUGAUUGGACACUAGUUGGUGACUAGUGUAAUGUAUGUCUAGUCCUUUCUUUGUUUCGUGCAGACUGAAUUCUAUCACUCAGGUUGUAAUGUGGCCACCAUUCUAGGUAGUUCGCUAUCACCGUGCAUAUUGAUUUGAUGAUAUUAGAGGGUUGGAGGCAAUCAGCCACAGGAAACCUUGCUUGACCUAGGUUUCGUGCUAGUUGGCACUCACCAGUCAGCAAGACGUAUCUGCAACCUUCAACUUCAUCAUAGAUGUACUAUUGGACUUAACCCUAAGUGACGUCAGCGACUCAGGGAUUGACUU